UGAUUUUUAAUCUUCAAACCAAAAAUGGCAUCUGGCGAAAGACAGUCAAGAAAUGAAAAACACGACGCUAUCUUUUGCGAGCUAUCUAGCGAUUUGGACCCGAAAAUUACAGAGAUUGAGAGCUUGUGUGUCGAGUGUGAGAAAAAUGGCAUUACCAGGUUACUGUUGACAAAGAUUCCACAUUACAAAGAUGUGAUACUUAUGUCAUUCGAGUGCGAACACUGUGGCUAUCAAAACAAUGAAAUAGAAAGUGGUGGGAAAAUAGAAGAAAGAGGAGUCAAAAUAACACUGCAAGUUGCAACUCCCCAAGAUUUAAACCGUCAAGUGGUUAAAUCUGAUUACACUAGUAUUCAUAUUCCUCACGUGGAUUUUGAAAUUCCAGCGCAAUCUCAAAAAGGAGAGAUUACAACUGUGGAAGGAAUAAUUGAUAAGAGCAUUAGGGCAUUAGAACAGGACCAGCCAAAACGACGCGAAGAAUUUCCAGACACCGCGGUUGAAAUAGAUCUGUUUAUUAGUAAAUUACAUGCGCUAAAAAUAUUAGAUGAACCAUUUACUAUUAUUUUCCAAGAUAUUUCUGGAAAUACUCACGUAGAAAAUCCAAAAGCACCGAUAAAAGAUAGUCAGUGUACUGUAACAUAUUUUAAAAGAACAAAAGAACAGAAUCAUACGCUAGGAAUUUAUUCAGAAAAUGAAGAUGUCUUACUAAAACCCAUACAAGAAGGAAAAUAUUCUUUGGAAGAAAUUGAAAGUGAAGUAUUAUCAUUUCGUACCAACUGUCCAAUAUGCAACAGUCUGUGUGAAACAAAUAUGAAACUGACAAAUGUACCAUAUUUCAAGGAAGUUGUCAUAAUGGCUACGAUUUGCGAAUCUUGUGGUCAUAGAACUAAUGAAGUGAAAAGCGGCGGUGGAAUCGAACCUCAGGGCGUUAAAAUUGAGGUGACCGUAACAGGGAAAGAAGAUUUCAGUCGUAAUUUACUCAAAUCAGAAACUUGCAAUAUGGAGAUACCUGAACUCGAGUUGGAAGUCGGCCCAGCUCUUUUAGGCGGUCGGUUCACGACUGUCGAAGGAAUUAUAACGACGAUAAAAGAUCAAUUGUCUUCAUCCACGACUUUUACCGGCGACAGUAGUGAUUCGGAAACUGUGAAAAAGAUGGAAUUAUUUAUUGCUCAACUGGAAGAGAUUUUAAGUAGUCAAAGAAAAGUAACUUUGAUUUUAGAUGAUCCGGCUGGAAAUAGCUAUGUGCAAAGUCUUUCCGAUGAUGGGCCUGACGAUAGAUUGAAGAUCAUAAAAUAUGACAGAAGCUUUGAGCAGAAUGAAGAACUAGGACUUAAUGACAUAAAAGUUGAGAAUUACUAAGCUUUUGUUUAAAAUAAAAGAGGGUAAUCUCAAAAGUCAAAAGUCCCAUCAAAUAUGUACAGUCAUAAUAUCAUUGAAAAAGAAAUAAGAUAGUAGGGUAUCAGCCUGAUACUUGAAACUGAUGAAGUGAGCUGAAAUGUUCACGAAACGUCGGUAUAAAAAUGACACUAACAUGGUUCAAACCCGAAAAACAUCUUUGAAUGUUAAUACAGCACACUGCGAAGACGUCAAAUAUCAAAUGAGAUAAGUGUUUCCAUUAAUAUUAAUUGUAAAGAUUAUUGUUAGAAAUAACUCGAAUUGUGUAAAUACAAAUAUCAUAUUUUAAUAA